AUGACUGACACCGUGCCGGUCGUAGUGCUGAACUUGACAGGUGAGAUUUUGCUUGAGUGGGUAGCAGAAAGAGGCACCUCUUUGUCGAAGCUGGCUAAAAAAGUCAAGGAGCGGAAGCCCCAGAGGAGGUCGCAAAGUGUUAAGUUCACCUGCAAUGGAGAACUCCUGGCCGGAAGCAGCAAGCUCGCAGAUGUUCCGGUCACAGGCCGACACGUGGAACUUACAGCCAUCAUAGGGGAAAUGUCCCUGGCUGAUGUUAUGUACGAGUGUAAUGUGGCCUUCAUGGAGAGCGAUGGCCUGGAAUUGGCUGAGGAAGAUGUCAUACUGGAGGGGUUGGACAGCUUCAGCAAUAUACUGCUGCAGUCAGUCCUACAGGAGCACUUCGAUGUGAAGUUGCCACCAGGGUUUCUUUAUGAGUUCGCCACUUUGAGGGCAGCGUCUGAGCACAUUUUCGGGAUUCUCCAGCGCGAGCACCCGCAGUAUCCAUAG